GAUUGCAAGGCAACCUCAACGCUAUCGACUCGGUGGAGGCGCGUCCGUCGGAAGGAAAAGCGGGAUUCAAUUUCAAACCCUGGUUACAGCGCAAUCGGAUUGGGCAACGCGAUUAAAAACGGAUAACGAUUUCUUCAAAACAGUCACGUCAAAGGUCACUUCGUCGCUCAUUUCUUGCCGUUAAUAUAGAGUGGCCCGACCUCGCCGUUUAUUUCUUUGAAAAACGACGCCGGGUUCAGGUGUACAGUCGAAUCCUGCUCCAACUGACAUUUGGCUGCUCCUACGACGACAUCUCGACGCUGAUUUUGUGCGGGAAAAAACAUGCCGAGGUCCAACAGGCAACGGGAGUACAAACCGGGAGACCUGGUGUUCGCUAAAAUGAAGGGCUACCCGCACUGGCCCGCCAGGAUUGAUGAGUUUCCAGAGCGAGCAGUGAAGUCACCCUCCAACAAGUACCAGGUGUUCUUUUUUGGGACACAUGAGACGGCAUCCCUCGGGCCGAAGGACUUGUUUCCUUACGAUGAGUGCAAAGAGAAGUUUGGAAAGGCCAACAAGAGAAAAGGCUUUUCUGAGGGCCUCUGGGAGAUUGAGAACAACCCCACCGUCACACAUGAAGGCUACAAGUCUUCGAAGAAGGACGAAGUGUCUGAAGAGGCCGCCGGCUCUGAGAAAGCCGACGCAGAGGGCAGUAGCGAUGAAGACGAGGGCGCCCUGGUCAUCGACGAGAAGAAUGACAGGGCGGGAAGUAAACGUAAAGUGGACGAGUCGGCAGAAGUCUCACCCAAGAGGCCGAAAGACACGGAGACCGUGGGUGCUUCCGAUGUAGACAACGCCAAAACAGAGGGCAAGGUCAACGACGUGACUGCGCCUAAGACGGCCGAGCAGGGUGACAACGCGGCACCGGCAAAGCAAACUGUGGACAAGGCAAGACGCGUUUGUGCAAUCUCUUAAACUCCCUAAAAUGCUACAAGAUGGUGCCAAAGCUCUGACUUAAAGAAAUGCUGUCACAGAGAGCGCUUAACGUCAAACCCCGCAAGACAAGAACCAGUCGAUGCUUCUCGGCUGGAACGGAAGCGUGGACGUCGUGAUGUGCAGGAAGCCAGAUUUCAGUAGUUCAAUUCAUAUUUUCAAAAACAACAAAAAAUAUUUGUACGGAGAGACAAACAAAUGUUCAUUUGUCCAAUUGGGAUAUCAUAUAUCCCAAUCAUAAUAAUAAGUAUUGGAUAUCUAAACCAAUUGAGCUGUUUAGGGCUCGUUUAUAAAUGGGGAUUAUGGUGUGUAUAUAUUUUUUAUUUCCAAGUGCAAUUAAGUAAUUAAACAGAGUGAAUGGCAGUUGUCAAACAAAAAACAAACAAAAAGGGGAACUCCAGAUUUCAAAAUAGUCUCGUUUAGAGAUCUCCAACCAUGGAUAUUGUAAUGUUGUAUAUGGUAAGAAAAACAUUUUCACUCAUGCUUUCAGCUUUAAAUUUUAAGUGUUUUAUAGCAGGUUGUUUUGCAUUAGCUGCUCGGCAAACGUUGAUACUUCACUUUCUAGCUGGUUUAUGUAAUCAGGGUUUCCAAAAGUAUAUAUCACAUAUUGCCAUAGCAUCAACAGACAACUGUAUAUAAACACAAAAUAUUUACAUUUAUUACCAAAAUUAAGUCAAAAGGCCUACUUACUUCAAAUCAGGACUACUCUUGACAAUAGGUGUCCAUUUUUGGUUUGGGAAAGCUUUCCGUUCAACACAAUAGGCAUUCAUUUUGCUUUAGGAAACCCUGCCAUUCAACAUGGUAUUGUUCAGUGUACUGUGGUAUUUGGUUGCUUACAUUUGGUGGUGUUGUGCUCAUUGAGGGUGCCCACAUGUGAUUAUUUAACAUCUGAUUGUGUGUUGAAUAUAUUAUAUAUAAAUAUAUAUAUAUAUUUAGACCCCAUUUCAGCAAUUUUAGCGUUGAAUAUCUUACUAUAAAAGGAUUGCGUGUUGCUGUCAACGUUGGAAGCAGAAAGACAUUCCAGCGUGCGAGGAGGCCAUGUUAGUGUAUAAAUCCAGUUAGUAUUUCAAAUGGUGACAUUAUGUUCAACUUAUUGCCAUUUAGAAAAAGGAAACAUGUUAAUCAUUGUGGACAUGUGACUGGAUUUGCAUUCAAAGAGUGUACCCCUUUUACCAUCUUUCAUGUGGACUGUAUCUCCUCAUAUAGUGACCACGUUGGCCAAAGGAUGAGGGAAACUUUUCAAUCAUGUAAUCAUUUUCUUUUUUUGUUUCCACAAAGGUACUCCUUAUAACCAAAAGAAUUGCUGGCCAAUACAGCAGCACCUACAAGACAAAUGUGGAUCAAGUUUGUGAGGUGUCUCAGACAUAUUCAUCCCUCAAAUAGAUCUUUGAAAUGGGGGAGAAAAUAUAAUCUAUAAAGGUCUGUGUUCACACACAUUAGAUAUGUGGAGCUAGGUUGAUGACAGAUGUUCCCUGUAGUCAAUCCACAAUAUGAUCGGCCAUGUUUACACCCCACAGUUUGUUAGUCCAGCUUGCCAAAUAGUCUUAUUUAAUAGCUUUAAAGUCCACUUAGACAAUAAACUCCACAAAUGCACCUCCACCAUUUGUAGUUGAGUAACUAAAAACCAGCCUUGGCCACCAUUUGCAGAAAUACAGUAUGUGUUGACAGAUGUUUUGUUUUUGUGAAGCAUUGAAAAGUAUUUGAUGCCCUUAAAAUUGCUUUAACUGGAA